CGUUGUCCCACCAAAACGCAAGCAACCCUGUUCUACAGCUAGUACCACACCGCUCUUGCUUUGCGGGUAGAAAAUCUUCUUAGAUUACGGAAGACUCGUCGACUUGGACAUCGACACGAAGCACAUGCACGAUUCCUGGGAAUCACAGCAAGAGUGCUUAUUCCGGACCUAGCAAGAUCUUGUGCUGCACGGUCUGCCAGAUCAUCUCCUUCCCCUGUACGGAGCAUAUCCGCGAUACCUGUGUCCAUAUCCAUGAGCAUAGGCAGCCCCUCUACCAUAGUGAGGGUGCAUCGAGUAAGCCUGACCAGGUCUGUAAGUAGAAGCCGAAGAACGGCUCGAGCCGUGUGAUGCUCUGGGACCGGAAGGCGUCGCAGCGGGCGAUUCUUUGCGGUACGGCGAAGAUCUACCCGAAUGUGUUCGAGAUGCUGUUCCCUCCCUCGAAUAGUCUCUCGCCCGCUCCUUGUCUUGAUUACCCUUCCGAUCUCGAUUUCGCUCGUCCAAAUCGUCGUCUUCAGCAUCUGAUCUUGCAGACUCGUUCUUGCGCUUGUUCCGACUUGUUACGCUCUCGCGAUCAUCUGUGCGGUCUUCGACUUCAUGCCCUCUCCGGUGGCCAUCUCCAUCUCUGGUUUGAUCAGCGCCUCUGUCAUU